UCUUCCUGCAACUUCACUGAUGUUUAUAUUCUCAUCAUCCUUUCUUUUUCCCAAUCCCAGUUCUUCCCGUACGGCGAUGCGUCUAAGUUUGCCCAGCACGCCUUCAGGACCUUCGACAAGAACAGCGAUGGCACCAUUGACUUCAGAGAGUUCAUCUGCGCGCUGUCCAUCACAUCCCGAGGCAGCUUCGAGCAGAAGCUCAACUGGGCCUUCAACAUGUACGACCUGGACGGAGACGGCAAGAUCACACGGGUGGAGAUGCUGGAGAUCAUCGAG